AUGGUCGCACUGGUCGCGCAAGACUGCUACGAGGCCGUCAUCAUCGGCCUUGGCUCGCGAGGCCAGAAAACCUGGUUCGAAAGCCUCCGGACCUCGUCCAAGAUUUCGGUCAGUGCUGUAUGCGAUAGCAACGCAGCUGUUCUGGACGGCUUUGCCUCGCGAUACCCGGAAACCCCGGCCUACUCGAGUCUCGAGCGCUUGCUGGAGCAGCACCGCCCAGAUUUUGCCAUUGUCUGCGUGCCCAACAAGUACCAUGUCCCCGUCAUCAAGCAUUUGGAAGCAGCCAGGGUGCCGUGCUUGAAGGAGAAGCCCAUUGCUGGCACCGUUGAGGAGUUUCUCCAUCUAUGCUCUCUAAAGACCAAGAUUGGCGUGACUUUUCAGAGGAGAUGGCAGCCCAGAUACAAGCACUUUAGCCAGCUGCUCGCUGAAAUCGGGAGACCGCUGUCGGUGCGAGCGACAAUAGUCGGCCACUACGAUCCGCCAAAGGAUGGCUGGCGGGUUCGGCACAAUGUUGGCACCUUUAUCCUUAUGAGUCCCCAGGAUGACCUCGGAGUACAUAUGCUAGAUGUACUUGUUUGGCUGUUUGGACGUCCUUCAAGCGUCUUUGCACAUUGCUUGGGUGAUGGCCAGCCGUCUGGGCGAGACCGCGAGUCUCAUAUCCUGAUGACUUGGGAAAAGUCUGGGCUCAUCGGCCACUUGUACGUGUCCGAGGUUGCCAUCGAAAAAGACGAGGGUUUGAUUGUGCGCGGAGCUCUGGGGUCUCUUCAUCUCAAAGGCGAGGAGAUUAUCCUCUACGACCUCGGUGGUCGCCAGACCCUGCAAAUGAGCUUCCAGUCUAGCAAGCAGGACGUCAUUGUGAGCAUGUGUCAAGAGUUUGGCGACUACAUCUCGGGCAAGGAACAUACAUAUUCGACGUCUAUUUCACAGGUUGAGAGUACUUUUUUUACGACUGAAGCAAUCAAUUCGUCAUUUGCUUCACAUGCUGCAGAAAAAGUAGCGCAGAUUCUCCGAAAUGGCCAUCAGAAUGGCCACAAAAACGGUAGUGAGAAUGGUAUUCAGACUAGUCACCGCAACGGCUACCCAAACAGUGCCUCUGAUACCUUGGACAAGGAAAGGAAUCGCUCCAACACGACCAAAAGCAACAGUCACUCCUCCGAGCCUCAUGCCAUCAUCAAUGGAGUCUCUGCAAAGUUGAGCCCUCAAGUCAACACGGCGCCAACAGUCUUUCAGCUCAACAAUGGGUGUGAGAUGCCAGGCCUCGGGCUUGGGACGCGCAAGCCCAAAAGGCCCAACGAAACGUACGAGGCUGUAAAGAAAGCGCUCGAGGUAGGCUACCGGCACAUUGACACGGCCUUUAGGUACAACAAUGAGGACCAGGUAGGCAAGGCUGUUCGGGACUCUGGUCUUUUGCGCCAGGCGGUCUGGGUCACAACAAAGGUCGACAACUCUUGGCAUCACCGAGUGGCCGAGUCUGUGCAGAUUUCCCUGGCUAGGAUGGGUCUGAAAUACAUUGACCUACUUCUCAUGCAUUGGCCAUCUCCGGUUGAUCCUGACGACACGAAAAAAGCUCUCCCAAACUGGGACUUUACCAUGACAUGGCAAGACAUGCAAAACGAGGUUCAAGCGGGCCGCGUGCGAGCAAUUGGCGUAUCAAACUUUGGAAUACGCAACCUGAGAAAGCUCAUGUCUCACCCACUGUGCACCACUAUACCAAGAGAAUAUGGCAUCCACUGCAUAGCAUACUCGCCGCUUGCAUUUGGGCUGCCAAAACUCCAUGACCAUUCCGUCUUGGCCGACAUUUGCACGCGGACGGGCAAGACAGUCCAGCAAGUCCUUAAUUUUUUCCAAAGGAUUCGAUGGGGCUUGCAGAGGGGUACUAGCGUGAUUCCAAAGAGCGUGAGCCCGGAGAGGAUCACGGCCAAUUUUGAAUCGUCGGCCUGGGAACUGACGCCCGAAGACCAUGCGAGACUUUGCGCGAUUCAAGGUCGAUGCCGAGUGUAUCCAGACGAUUGGCUCCCAGCUCGGGUAUUCUGGGAAGAAGAUGACUAA